AUGCCUGAAACAAGAAACUCUCUGCAAGAAGAUCUAUUUCCUCCAACUUUAGCUUCAGCGGAAAAUGAAGAAGCAGAUAAAUUCCGUAAAAGGCUCACAUUUGGGCUGGGAGUGUCGGAGAUAUUUUGCGGCCUCAUGCUGGGCGUAUUUGGAUUGCUUUUAAUGAACAUGGAAGCAGCUAUGGCAUCUUUAGCAGGAGGUGUUUGGGCAGGUGGAGUAGCCAUAGCAACUGGUCUGUCAGCUGUAUGUUUGACAAAAUGUUCAAGAAAAUCCAUAUAUGCCUUCAUCUUUCUGUGUUUGUCUGUAACCAGCGUAAUAACCGGCAGCCUUGCUACAGUUUUUGUGGCCAUUGGUCUGGCCCACGAUGCACAGUGGCCAGCUGGAUAUUACAUUGACAGUGACGGAAGAAGGGUUCUGUUUGCAGGGGACAUAGCUACAAGAGCACCUCUACUAGCUGUUGCAGCAGUCACUCUAACCUCUGCAAUAGCGGACUGCGCAUUGGCAGUUACGUGUUGCAUUGUUGCAGCACAACAAGCAUGCCAGUGCUAUGUGUGGUCUGACGACGACGAUGCCGUAGAUCCUGAUUCCAAAGUUCGCCACGACAGAUUAGUGACUUGGCUAGGUCAGCAAGCUUUAAUGGAUUUCAUGAUGGCCAGUGGUAAAGUACCUGAAAACUUGGGAUCGCAACAACAAAUCAAUAAUCAUACUUCGUUGAACUCGCAGACUGUAAAAUGA